GGGCGGGGGGUGCUCUGAGGGGAGGAGGCCAAAGUCGCUGCGCUCUGCGCUGCCCCGGGAGCUCCGCGGACAGCGGGCGGCUGGACCUGGGGCAGCGGCGGGGCCGCGGGUCCCGGGUAGAAGCGUCCGGGCUCAGGCAUCAUCGCAGCGCGGUGGCCGGGACAGGUCACAGCCCGCGGUGUCCGAUCUCCACCGGUGCCUCAGCCGUGCCCCGUUGUGAAGGUGGACGCAAAAUAAGGCAAUUUGUUAAUUCGGCAGAAUCAGAUGAGAUGGAGGCGAAAUUGUCUCUGGGCAGCAUCCCGGAGAGAUCGUGGUCUGUCACUGUGUCCUUCCCGGGCUCGGAUUUACAAACGGGAUGAAAACAGGAACCCUGCACAAGAUCCUGUUUUGCUUGGGGCUUUGCCGUUAGGAUCUAGCGCUCUGUAGAGCUAGUAGAUGGGAGCUAGUCUGGGCAAGAUACUGCAUUGACUUUCAGGUGUAUGAGAAGUCACUGUGGCCCACAGCAACCAGUAGAAAAAAUUACAAAUUCAAUAUGGCACCCAUUUUGGAUUGGAAGAAGCUUAUGAAAGUUGAUCCAGAUGAUCUGCCUCAUCAAGAGGAUCUAGCGGACAGAUUGUUGGAGACUGUGUCCAAGGUUGAUGGGAAAGACUUAAAAGCUGAAACUCCAGAAAAACUGAUACACCUUUUUAAAAUUACUCAGUCACUAAUGAAGAUGAAAGCUCAAGAGGUGGAGCUGGCACUAGAAGAAGUUGAAAAAGCUGGGGAAGAGCAAGCCAAAUGUGAAAAUCAAUUUAAAACAAAGAUGAUGAAACUUCAACAUGAAUUAGAGAUGGCACAAAGAUCCGCUGGUGGUCGUGAUACUCGUUUUUUGCGUGAUGAGAUCCGCCGACUGGAAAAACAAUUAGAACAAAAAGAGAGACAGUUAACAGAUAUAGAAAAAGAAUUGGAAAAAGAGAAGAAAGUGAAUGAACAGCUUGCUCUUCGAAAUGAAGAUGCUGAAAAUGAAAAUAUCAAAUUAAGGAGAGAGAAAAAACGCAUAAAGAAAAAGAAUGAGCAGUUGCGUCAGGAUGUAGUUGACUAUCAGAAGCAAAUAGAUUCUCAAAAAGACACAAUUCUGUUACGAAGAGGAGAGGAUUCUGAUUACAGAUCACAGCUGUCCAAAAAGAACUUUGAACUUGUCCAGUGUUUGGAUGAAAUUCAGAAUUUAACUGAAGCAAAUGAGAAGUUAGACAUUCAAAACCAAGAAAUGAGGAAGAAUCUUGAGGAAUCAGUGCAAGAAAUGGAGAAGAUGACUGAUGAAUAUAACAAAAUGAAACUAAUUGUGCAACAGUCUGAUAGUGUUAUGGAUCAGUUAAGAAAAGAGAAAGAACAGUACAAAUUUCAAGUUCAAGACCUUUCAGAUCAGCUGAAAGCAAAAACUGAGGAAGACGAUCCGCUCAUGGCAGCUGUAAAUGCAAAAGUUGAAGAAUGGAAGAAAAUCUUGGCUUCAAAAGAUGAUGAACUCCUAGAGUAUCAGCAAAUGUUGAUUAACUUGAAAGAGAAAAUGAAAAUGGCCCAACUUGAUGUAGACAGAAACAAUGUAUUGGCCCUUCAGCAGGGUAUGCAAGAGAGAGAUGCUCAGAUAAGAUUGCUUACUGAACAAGUUGAACAGUACACCAAAGAAAUGGAACAAAAUGCAUUUAUUAUUGAAGAAUUAAAAAAUGAUCUCCAAAAAGAUAGAGGUCACCCAUCUCUUGCUCAGCAGAAUUGUAUUGGGGAUAUGCAAGAAAAGUUUAAAAUGCUAGAAGAGAGAACUAAGGAGGCUGAGAAAUCGGCAGAAUUAGCAGAAGCGGAUGCCAGAGAAAAGGACAAAGAGCUUGUUGAGGCUUUGAAACGAAUGAGAGACUAUGAACAGGGAAUAUAUGGUUUGGAAGAGGCUGUUGCUGAAAUAACAGAUUUUAAAAAGCAAAUCAAAAUACGAGAUCAUGAGAUUGAAACCUUAAUUAAGGAAGUCAAUAAACUUGAACUUAAAAUAAAUGAUUUUCUUGAUGAAAAUGAAGAACUCAGAGAGCGCUUAGGUCUUGAGCCAAAGACAAUGAUAGAUUUAAAUGAAUUCAGAAACAGCAAAGCACUGAAGCAGCAGCAAUACAGAGCUGAAAACCAGAUUCUUUUGCAAGAGAUUGAAAGACUAGAAGAGGAAAGAGUUGAACUGAAAAAACAGAUUCGUAAGUUGGCUCAGGAGAAAGGAAGAAGAGUUGCAACAACAGUAUUGGAUGCUGGUGAUGUGCGGAUAACUGAUAGCUUUACUGAAGAGAAGGAGAUGAAUAAGAGGAAGUUUGAUUUCUUGAGCAGGCAUGAUACUGCUGAAGUAAAAGCAAAGAAUGAGCAGAUAUCCAAAGAUUUGUUGAUCAAGAGUAUGCUAAAUAGUUAUACAGAAUUAAAUCUUGAAAGAUGCAGAAGCCAGGCAGUGCAGAAUGAGUACCUUGCAAAUGAAUUAAGCAUGAGAGAGAGAGAGUUGGAGGAGAACAGGACUGUAAUAGCCAAAUUUCAAUCUAAAUUAAAAGAGUUAUCAGAAGAGAAUAAACAACUUGAACAAGGAAUGAAAGAAAUAUUGCAAGCUGUCAAGGAAAUGCAGAAGGAUCCUAGUGUGAAUGGAGGAGAAACAGCCUUAACAAUUCCUAGUCUGGAUCGUUUAGUUAAUGCAAUGGAGUCAAAGAAUUCAGAGGGAAUCUUUGAUGCUGGUGUGCACUUGAAAGCUCAGGUUGACCAGCUUACAGGAAGAAAUGAAGAAUUAAGACAAGAACUGAAAGAAGCUCGGAAGGAGGCAACAAAUUUCUCUAAUCAGCUGGCAAAUGCAAAUGAAAAGAUUUCACAACUGACAAAUGAAAUUUCUUUAUUACGUCAGUCAGAAGGUACCAAUAUUGUCUUCCAAACAGUGAAUCUUCCUGAAGGAAUGGUUCCGUCAAGUGUUAAUAUGAUUAAUUCUCUGAAUGAAUAUUUAAUACGUCUUAUACAGGAACUGGAAAAUAAAGAACAGCUACUUAAACAGUUAGAAGAUGCAGUAGAGGACUACAAGCGAAAAUUUUCAGUAAUUCGUCAUCAACAGGGCUUGCUGUAUAAAGAAUAUCAAAGUCAAAAGGAAAGCUGGCAGAAAGAAUCAGAAGAUAUGAAAAAGGAAAAGAAAAAGCUAGAAGAGCAAAAAGAACAGGAUGCUACAAAAAUAAAGGCAUAUUCUAAUUUACUCAGUGCACUUCAGCUGGAUCCUGAUGAAACAAAAAAAGUACUUGCAGAAAAUAAUAGAAAAAUAACUGUUUUACAAGUUAAUGAAAAGUCACUAACAAGGCAGUAUACCACUUUACUUGAAACGGAACAGCAUCUUAGAAAAGAAAAUGAGAAACUAAAGGGUGAGAUAACACAAAUGGAGACUGCAGUUAUAGGGAAGAUCGGAAACAUGCAACGAUUCAAGGAAAUGGCUAGCUUUAAGAUUGCAGCUCUGCAAAAAGCGUUGGAUGGUAGUGUGCCAUUGUCUGACCUUGAACUGGCUAAUAAGCAGUAUAAUGCAUUAACUGCUAAAUACAGAGAUAUGUUACAAAAAGAUAACUUGCUCGUCCAGCGGACAACAAACAUGGAACACAUGGAGCGUGAGAAUGAAUCAUUGAAAACACAGAUAAAUUCAUUGAAUAAGGAACUGGAGAUCACGAAAGAGAAACUUCACACUGUAGAACAGGCUUGGGAACAGAUGACUAAACUGGGGGAUGACAGUGCCAUGGACAAGGCCACAAAAGCAAUAACCAACAGUGAAAUUUCGUCCAUUUCUAAGAAAAUCACGAUGUUGGAAAUGAAGGAACUAAACGAAAGACAGAGAGCAGAACAUUCGCAACGAAUGUAUGAACAUUUAAGGAACACUGUAAAGCAAAUAGAAGAACGUAAUUUUGAAUUGGAAACAAAAUUUGCUGAGCUCACCAAAAUCAACCUUGAGGCACAGAAAGUGGAGCAGGAAUUAAGAGAUGAACUGUCAAAGAGUGUAAGUAAGGCAGUAAGUGAUGCAGAUAGGCGACAAAUUAUGGACCUAGAGAAGCGUGAGAUGGAGCUCAAGAUUGAAGUAUCAAAGUUAAGAGAACUGUCUGAUGUAGCAAAAAUGCAAGUUGAAGCUCUGGAGGCACGACAGCAAUACAGAGAUAAAGAAGUGGAAUCUCUUAGAAUGCAAAUUUUAGACUAUCAGGCACAGUCAGAUGAAAAAGCAGUUAUUGCAAAACUGCAUCAACACAUCAUGGCCCUUCAAGAUAGUGAAUCUGUUGCUGUAGGCAAAUUGGAGACACUUAAAUUGAAACUACAGAAGAUGGAGAUCCAUAAUCUGCGUUUAGAGCAGAAGCUUGAUGAGAGGGAGCAAGCCUUAUAUUUUGCCCGAAUGGAAGGAAGAAACAGAGCCAAACAUCUACAGCAGACAGUUCAGUCUUUGCGGCGGCAGUUUAGUGGUGCUCUGCCUUUAGCACAGCAAGAAAAAUUCUCUAAAACAAUGAUUCAGCUACAGAAUGACAAACUGAAGAUCCUGGAGGAAGUCCAGCAUGCCCAGGAGGAGCGUCGAAAUGCAGAAAACAGAGCUUUAGAGAUGGACUUAAAGCUGAAGAGUUUAGAAGAAUUAGUAAGUGCAUUGAAGGAUACAAGAGGAGCUCAAAAGGUAAUUGAAUGGCACAUGAAGAUGGAGGAACUCCAUCUGCAGGAACUUAAGCUCAAUCGAGAGUUAGUCAAGCAAAAGGAAGAGGUGAAGUAUUUGCGCAAUAUAAUCUCUGAAUAUGAACAUACGAUCAACAAUCUGGAAGAAGAAAUUGUACAGCAGAACAAGUUUCAUGAGGAAAGGCAAAUGGCUUGGGACCAGAGGGAAGUCGAACUGCAGCGGCAAUUAGACCUGUAUGAUCAUCAACAAAAUGAAAUACUUAGUACAGCUCUAAAGUUAGAAGAGGCUACAGGAUCAGUUCCAGACCCAAAUCUGCCACUCCCACAACAGCUUGAGUUGGCUUUGAGAAAGAUUCGGGAGCAUAUUCGAACAAUACUGGAAACCAGGGCAACCUGCAAAUCACUGGAGGAGAAAUUAAAAGAAAAGGAAGCUGCACUGUGGAAAGCUGAACAAAAUGUUUUAUCAAGAGAUAAAGUUAUAAAUGAACUAAGACUUCGAUUACCUGCAACAUCAGAAAGAGAGAAAAUAAUGGCCGACUUAGGCAAACAAGAAGAGGAUCCAGAGUACCAUCAUGCCAUAAAAAUUGCUCAUCAAACCAUUGCAAAUAUGCAAGCAAGAUUAAAUCAAAAGGAGGAAGUGUUAAAAAAAUACCAACGUUUGCUUGCUAAAGCAAGAGAGGAACAAGAGGAAAUAGCAAAGAAGCAUGAGGAAGACCUUAGAGUUCUACAUCAGAAGUUAAAUUUGCAUACUGACAAUUCCCUUGACAAAUUCAAACAGACUGCUUUGGAGUUAAUGAAAAAGACUUCUUUAUCACUUUCCAACAACAAACAUCUUCUCCGCCUAGCUGAAAUGGAGCAAACUGUAGCAGAGCAGGAUAAUUCUCUUGCUUCACUUGUUGGAAAAUUAAAGAAAACAUCGUCUGAUUUGGAGAAACAAAAACAAAUCACUUUAAUGAAAAUCAAAGAGUUUGAGACUAUGAGAGCCCAGCUUCAGGAAAAGCACACAGUAGAUGUGGGACAUCUAAAAGAUGAAGCAAAUGAACUGAGGAACGUGUUAUCUCAGACGGAGAAGGAAUUAGCAAAUGUAAAAGCUGAACUAGAGGUUCAAAAAGAAGCAAAUAAUAGAGCACCUACAGCAAGACUGAAAAACCUGGUGGAACAGCUGAAGAGCCAGUUAGCAAUAAAAGAGAAGCAGCAAAAAGCUUUGAGUAAAGCACUUCUGGAACUCCGAGCAGAAAUGACUGCUAACGCUGAACAGCAGAUUAUUUCUGCUGCAUCACAAAAAGAGGCAAAUAUGAAUGUCCAGGAGAUUGUUGACAGAGAAACAAAGGGGCUCACAACACAGAUCGAGGAAUUAAACAACCAGAUUACAAAACUUACAGAUAACCUUAAAAUAAGUAAAGCCAGGGAAAGUUCUUUAUCUGAUGAAAGGGAUGAGUUGAACCAAGAACUUCAGAGGAAACAAAAAGCAUUUGCUAAAAUGUUGAGAGAAAAAGAUGAAAUGGAAAAAGAAAAUGAAGAACUGAAGAAACGGAUUAAGAGGCUAAGCAGUAUCAUUCAGAGCAAAGCUGAUGAACAAAAUCUGAUAGAUGCACUUCAGAAAAAAAUUAAAAAGUUGGAAAGUGAGCUGGAGAAGAAGUGUGAAGAAACAGGAAAAAAAGGUGUAAGAGAAGACAAGACCCCCAAGGACGAAAUAAUUAGAUGGGAAGAAGGUAAAAAAUGGCAAAUCAGAAUGGAAGGAUUGCGGAACAAACUAAGGGAAAAGGAGAAAGAAGCAGAUGCUUUAGCCAAACAGUUGAAUACAUUGAAGGAUAUUUAUACCAAGACUGAAAAAGAGAAAAUUGGUCUACAGAAGAAAAUGAAAACCACUGGUAUCACUGUUGACCAUGUUUUUGGAGUAAGAGCUUCAGAGAUUGAAAAAGAACUGGAAGAACUAAGAAAACGGAAUCUAGAUUUAGAAAAUGAGCUUGCUCACAUGAGGACACAGCAAGCAAUGCCUCGAGAUUCUGUUGUAGAAGAAUUACAUUUCAAGAAUCAAUACCUUCAGGAAAAGCUUCAUGCAUUGCAGAGACAAUGUUCGAGAGAGAUAUAUUCUAGACCCUCGAGUACAUGUGACCAAACUGAACUGACCAACUCUGUUCCUAUCAGUAUCAGUAAACAAAAGUAUCUGAGUUCCCUUCAAAAGAAAGCUAUUUCCAAUAGGGAUGAAAUCAAACAUCAUACUAAUUAUAGAAUUGCUGAUGGCAAUGAAAUAGAUGAGGAAGCAGACAUGCAAACAUGCAUCAUGCAUGAUGAAGUCCAUGAGGCUACUGUGGAUGCAAGCACAGAGGUGUGUCCUGAACAGCAUCCUGAAGAGAGUGAGCAAUGCAAGGACACAGAUAUUUCUAGUGAAGGACUGAAAAACAAAAAUAGAGCUGAUGAAGAGAACUUCAGUGAAAAAGAAGAAAAUGUAAUCCAACCUGAAAACGGAAAACUUAAUGAGGAAUUUGAAGAAGAGGAGAGAAAGCAAGAAAUACUCAAGCAAUCAAAUGCUGAUGAAGAAGAAGGUGUAGAAGAGCCUUAUACUGACAGAAUGAGCUGCAAUCAGUCUGAUUCAGGGGAACCUUCUAAUCAAGCUAAAGGCUGUGAAGCAGAAAAAAAUAAUGUGGAUAAUGAAAUUAAUCGACACACUGCAGAGGAUAAUCAUGAAACUUGCCGACGUGGUACAGAGGGGGUUGAAACAACUCCAGAAUUUUGUGAAAUGCCUGAGACAUCAGGAAUAGGAUCAGAUGAUCAAUAUCGAAGAGAACAAGAGGUUUUCAAGGAAAAUUUAAGAUUGUCAUCUGAAAACGUUGAGCUCAGAUUCCAACUAGAGCAGGCCAAUAAAGAUCUGCCAAGACUAAAGGACCAAGUAGGUGACUUAAAAGAAAUGUGUGAACUUCUCAAAAAAGAAAAAGCAGAGGUUGAACGAAAGCUGGGAAGCAUUAGAGGGGCUGGUAGAAGUGGAAAGACAGUCCCAGAAUUGGAAAAAACAAUUGGUUUGAUGAAAAAAGUUGUAGAGAGAGUCCAAAGAGAAAAUGAAGAUCUGAAAAAAACUCCAGCUGUGGUUUCUACUGAGAAAUUACUUGGUCUUGAACAGGAAAAUGAGAGGCUAAAGUCUGAAAUGGAAAAAAUGAAACUUAAUCUGGAGGGCCAGCUGAAUAUGCGUUAUGAAUCUAAAACCAAAGGCAUGGAAAAAGUCAUUACAGAAAAUGAGAGGCUGCGUAAAGAACUGAAAAAGGAAGCUGACAGUGUGGAGAAGUUACGAAUAGCAAAGAAUAACUUGGAGAUAUUAAACGAGAAGUUAACUGUGCAGCUGGAGGAAACCACUAAGAGGCUCAAUUUGGCUGAGAGCCAACUGGAUGGAGCUGACAGCAAAGGCUGGAAAUCUGCUCUAACAAGUAUUAGCUUUUGCUCUUAUCUUUUUCUAAAUAAAAAUACUACCAGGAUGCACGAAACUAAGAUGAAGGCAAUGGAAAUGGAUAUUGCUAAAAAAACCCAAAGCAUUACUGACCUUAAACGGUUGCUUCAGGAAGCAACAGAACGUGAACACAAUGCUGAUAAGAAUUUACAAGAUCUACAAGAACAAGUUGAGCUUCUCAAACAGUUUCCUGAAGGUGCAAAGACAGAGCAAAGCCUCAUGAGGGAGCUUCAGCUGUUAAGAUUAACUAAUAAUCGAUUAGAGAAAGAAAAAGCAGAACUUGCUCACCAGGUGGAAGAUUAUAAGCACCACGUACACACACAUACAAGUGAAAGUCCUGCAGCUGGACGUAAUGAAAUUGUAGAGAAUAAUAAUAUUGACAAGUUAAUGAGGGAAGUAGCUGAUCUCCAGACACAGCUGAAAGCCUCAGAGUUAGAAAAACAACAAUUAAAGGAAGAAACAAAAAAGCUGAGAAAAGAACUAGAAAACUUCAACCCUUCUUUUUUUGAAGAAAUUGAGGAUCUCAAAUAUAACUACAAUGAAGAAGUAAAAAAAAAUAUUAUCUUAGAAGAGAGAUUAAAGCAGCUUUCUGAAGAGUUUGGCAUUCAAGGGGAUAGUCCAGGCAACGUUUCUGUUGAUUAGGCCUGUGUUUAGUAUCCUCACUAUCGAUACAGAAAAUAAAUGCCAGGGCAGUUACAUAAUACUGAUUUAUUUGUCUGUUUUUGUCUUGGAAUGUAACAAGUCUACUGAAGUUACAAUAGUUUGGCACACACCUAAGAAUGCAGAAUUGGAUUAGUCAACAGACUAUAGUCAGUAUUUACACACACCAGUCAAAAUACAAAUGAGUGUAAGCUCUCCCAAGUCCUUUGCAAUUUGGGUCAUCCACAGGUGUCACAUGAAGCUGAAAACUUGAACUUACCCUAAAAGUUGAUAAACUCUUAAAAUGUGCUAAGUAUACUAAGUUCCAGAUUGAGAAGUAGAUGAAAUUUGUUCUUGCCAUCUUGUGCUAUCAUACCUCCUAACUAUGAACUUGGGCUCAGCAUGCUGGAUGUCUGUUCUUACAGCCCUGGUUAUUUUUACCUCAAUUUUAGAAAAUCCAAGAACAAGAACUGAAAAUAAAUUUAUAGUAUUUCAGCCAAACUAAUGUUAUUUUUUGUAGAUAAAUGAUUUUUCAUUUUGUAUAUUUUAUAUAGCUGGAUGUAUACUUUUAUAGUACAGAUAAAAUAAAGCCAACUCAAAUGAU